UCCCCCUGCAUAGCUUGGUGGGUGAAAUGAAAGUGGUCGGGGCGCUUGUCUGGUUGCUGUUACCACUCACAGCACGAUGUGUGGAACCGAUCUCCAUGACCGUCGGUGCCAUUGUCACAGGAGUCAUCACCUACUAUGGCGUGCACUGGUAUUCCCCCGAUCAGUGCCAACUGGGUGGAAACAUCAAUGUCACAGCUCUCCAGGUCGACUUCGAGGAGAACAUCUUCGGGCAGCACCUGGCCAAGCGGGUGAUCUUGAAGGCAGUGCCAGGAUUCCUGGAGAACAGAAACCCUAAGAAACCUCUAGCACUUUCCUUUCACGGCUGGACGGGUACCGGCAAGAACUACGUCAGCCAAAUCCUGGCCCGCCAUGUUUACCCCGAGGGCCUGAAGAGUAAACACGUACAUCAGUUUGUGGCCACCCUGCACUUUCCACAUGCUGACCUGAUAGAUGUCUACAAGGACCAGUUACAGUUGUGGAUCCGAGGGAACGUGUCAGCCUGCGAGCGAUCCAUCUUCAUAUUUGACGAGGUAGAUAAGAUGCAGCGCGGUCUAAUUGAUGCCAUAAAGCCAUUCCUCGAUUACUACGAACACAUUGGUGGGGUGUCCUACCGCAGAGCCAUCUUCAUUUUCCUCAGUAACGCUGGAGGGGAAUACAUCUCGGAGUUGGCCUUGCAUUUCUGGAAGACGGGAAGAGAGAGGGAAGACAUCAAGCUGUCUGAUGUGGAACACCAUUUAGCCCUCUAUGCCUUCAACUCUAAUGAUGGCGGCUUGUGGCACAGCAGCCUGAUAGCCAAAAACCUGAUCGACUUCUUCGUACCAUUCCUGCCAAUGGAAUUUGAGCACGUGAAGAUGUGCGUGAGGGCGGAGGUUCGGCAGCGUGGCUUUCUGGAAGAUGAAGACCUGAUCAGCACAGUGGCCAAAGAGAUGACUUAUUACCCCAAGGAGGAAAAGAUUUACUCUGUUAAGGGGUGCAAAACUGUGUCUGCAAAGCUCCAAUAUCAUCUUUGA